AUGAAUGGCAGCCAGGUUCGAAGAUCAGAUGAAGAUUUGAUUAGAAAUGGUUCAAUGGUUUCAAUAAUAAACGAUACAGGCUCAGAGAACCAAUUUUUUAAAGCCCUUCCUGACAAUAUGAAAUUGUCUUUUAAUAGCCCAAUACAAUCAAAAUCUCAAUUUCCGACACCAUAUUCCUCAAACUUACUAGACACUACACAGAGACACAAUAUUUUAACAAUGAAUAAAAGCAAUAGCAGUAGUAGUAGCAGUAGUAGUAACGAUAAUGAUGCUAAGACUAACAAAAAUAAUGAUAUUAGUACCACGUAUACUGCUCAUGAUUAUGAUACUACGUUCUAUGGAAAUCCAGAUUCUUCUUUUAUUGAUAAAAAUUCGAAUAUAUAUUCGAAAAACGAAGAUAAUGUACAUGAUGCAAAUCUGAAUAAUACCAUACAUAAAACAGAAAAUGAUAGGAAUAUAAAUAUUAAAAGGGAAAAAAGUUUUAAUAAAGAUAAUUUUAACAACAACAUUAAUAACACAACCGAAAAUGAUAUAAUAGAAAAUAUAAACCAUAUGAGCACACAAACGUCCAAUGCGUUACAAUUUUCGCAUAUAGAAUCUACUAGUAUAAAGCAAUCUAAGUACCCAUCGAAGAUAAACAUGAAUUAUAACAGUAAUAACAAUGUGAGUCGCUUGAAUAUUCCAACUGUUAAUAACAAUAUGACAAAUAAUAAUAACAAUAACAAUAAUAAUAUUCACACUGAUUUUUUAUUGCCUUCACCUGUACAGUUUGGUGAAUUUUUAUACGAUUCACCUGCUGGGAUAAGUUUUUUCCAUAAUACCCCUGCAAAAUCCCCAUUAAAAUUCAUAACAGAAGAUUUUAGCACUAAUCAUAGUAACGAUAAAAAAACUAAUAAAUACGAAAAUCAGUAUAAUGGACCUACCUCUUCUAACUCAUUGCAUUUUUUUAAUUCAAUCAAUAAUGUGGAAUCUAAUAAUAACAACAACACAGAUACAAGCUCUAAUCAAAAUAAUAAUAUUAAUAAUAAUAAUACUAACAAUACAUUAAUAGAUAUAUGGGAUAAAUUGUCUAGUAAUACAAGGACUCCGUUGCGUAAAAUAGAUAUCAAUCUAAUGUUCAAUAAUGGACAACUAUUAACUAAUUCUAAUUCAUUAUCACCUUUGAAAAAAUUUUCUAUGUCAUUGACUCCAUAUGGUAGAAAGAUUUUAAAUGACUUAGGUACUCCAUUUAAUUACACUGUAAAUUCAAAUCAAAACCAAAACCAAAAUAACAAUAAUAAUAACAAUAAUAAUAUUGUUACAAACAGUAAUAUUAAAACGUACUUAUUCGGUGGAUCAUCAAAUAGCGCCAUGAUAGAUUUCCAGAGAGCAAGAAAAGGUAUAAUAUUUGAUACCCCAAAUGAUAUUAAUUCAUUAAUGAAAAACAAUACCAUAUUGUCUCCAAGUAAACUUAGCUCGUUUGAUAUUGCAUUCAGAAGCCCUAAACUGAUAACGACCCCCAAAAAAGAUAAAAGAAACAACAAGAACAGUUUAAAUGAUAGUCAUAUACCUAAGUUAAAAAUCGCAAGUGAUAAAAACAUUCACGAUAAUAUUCAGUUGGAUAGUAUUGAUAAAAAACUGGAUCCUGAUGCACACGUUGAUGAAUCAUCACCUACUACAAUUCAGUUAAAUUCCUCAGUCACUAAAUCAUUGCCAAAGAUGGAAAGAAAUAUUUAUAACAAACUGCCUGACAGAAUUCCUUUAUUAUCAAGAAACAUGUCUCCUUUACAAAAGGUUGCUUUGGAUAUGAGUUUUUCGCCAACACCACAUUCCAAUCUUCAUGCUCCAGUAGAUAUCAAACCGCGGCUUCCAAAUGAAAGCCGAUCAAGCAGUAAUGUACUUACGUUUUUGCCAGUGUCUGAUUUACCAAAGAUGGGUUCUUUCAAGAGCGAACGUACGGCAUCUACAUUGACUAAUAACGACACAUUGAUAAAUUCACAAAAUUCUCAAAAUUCUCAAAAAUCAGCAUCAUUACCAAAGUUACCUUCUAUAACGACGUUUCCCUCUACAACUAUUCUCCCACAACAGGUACAGUCUAAAAAAGGUGUAGUGAAGAAAAAAAGAAUAACCAAGGCCAAACAACCGAAAUUCCAAAUCUUUGUUUCUAGUGUUCACAAGUUUAGUGACCCAAAUUCAUCUGUUCCAGUCACAUCCUUAAAGCAUGGCCAUCAUACCCAUUCAUCUGCUAAUAAUAAAACAAACAAACGUACUAAGAAGUAA